AUGGUUGACGACCAUCACCAAAAGACGGCGCUGGGAAUUGUGGUCGCUUUCCCGGUCCUCGGCGGGCUCGCGGUAGUUCUCAGGCUUUGGAGUCGGGGCUUGUCGCGAUCUGCACUUACCAGUGAUGAUUAUUUAAUUGUUGUCGGUUACAUUCUGGCCGUGUCGCAAUCUGUUACAUCGUGGUAUUACAUCAAGACGAAUUAUGUCGGCAUUCACUCAUGGGAUAUUCCUAAAGAUUAUGAUGUUAAAACGGGCUUAAUAUGGAACUUCGUGAACCAAUUGCUCUAUAACCCAACAUUGACGAUCAUCAAAUUGUCCAUCCUCACUUUCCUUCGCCGACUGGAAUCUCGGUCACGCCUCGUCAACACUCUUAUAUGGGCCUCGAUUGGAAUUGUGGUUGGUCUGUUCCUGGCGGUGCUAUUCGUCGACAUCUUCCAGUGCCAACCCGUCCAAUAUGUCUACGACUUAUCGAUCGAAGACGGAAAAUGCAUCGACCAAGGCGGCUUCUACGUUUCGACAGCAGCAUUGAACCUGUUCACCGAUAUCAUCGUCCUAUCCAUUCCCAUAAUCAUCACAUGGAACCUUCAAAUGCCCCUGCGACGAAAGCUCGCUGUCUGCGUCAUCCUGUGUCUCGGUGGAGUAGCCACCGCAAUCGGCGUCUGGCGCAUCGUGAUCCUCGCCGAGGGCUUCCUCUCUCACAAAAUUGUCACAGAUGCAACCUAUUCAAUCGGAUUCUGCAGCUCCGCCAUCGAAGUCAACGUCGCCGUCGUCACAGCCUGCGCCCCAUCCAUGAAGGCCAUCGCAACCAAGUACCUCCCCCGGCUCCUCGGCACCUCCCGCGGCGCGACAUCCGGCUACGGGCCUGGAAUGAGCGGAUCACGCGGAUUUCCCGGCUCGAAGAUCUUCACCCGGAAUAAGUCGCAGCUACACUCGAAUGCGGAUGAUGGGUACGAGAUGGCGGAUCCGACGCACCGCGUCGAUAUCGGCGUUGAUGGCGAUCGCUUCGACAUGCGGAAAUAUAAGCGCGGGGGAGAUAGUCCCAGUAUCUCGAGUGGGAGCGAGGACGGGGUGGCUGGGAUUGUGAAGACGACGGAUGUGUCGGUGAAGUAUACCAUCGGCCAGGCGAUUCCCAUGCCGGAUAAUGGCCGGUCGCAUGGGAAGCAUUCCAGUGUGGAUAGUCUGGUCUAA